UCCCCAAUUGGCUCAAAGUUUCACGCUGGUACUUUGAACAACUUCACAUUUCCUUAAGGAGGGGGCCUUGCAAGACUCAUUACUACAAUUGUCUCACGGAAAAGGAACAUGGCCAAGGUUUGUGAUGAUGCUGACAAGCAGAGCGGUGGGGACACUUUGGAUGCCUUUGGAUUUCUUUCAAAGAGGAGUAGUAAGACAUCUGAGGAAGUGGACUCUGUCCCCAGCAGCAAAAGCAGUACAGCAGCAGCCUCUGAUCCUUACCGCUACAAGAUGGACUAUCCCUCCAUUGGAACCUGUGUGAUUAUCAACAACAAGAACUUCCACAGUUGCACACAGAUGAGUACUCGUAAUGGGACAGAUGUUGAUGCUGCUUUUGCUGCGAAGACCUUCUCUACUCUGGGUUACAAGAUUAAAGUGGCCAAUGACCAGACUGUGGAGCAGAUGAAAAAACUGCUGAAAAAUGUAUCCGAGGAAGACCACAGUAGCAGCGCAUCGUUUGUGUGUGUAAUGUUGAGCCAUGGAGAUGACGGGGUGAUAUACGGCACAGACGGCUGUGAAAAGUUUGAAAAGCUGACAAAAUACUUUAAAGGAGAUUGCUGCAAAAGUCUGGUGGGGAAACCGAAACUCUUCUUCAUACAGGCGUGCCGUGGUUCUGGCCUGGAUGAGGGAGCCUCCCUUGAGGUCGACAGUGAAACCUUAGAACCAACCUCAGAGAGGAUUCCUGUGGAGGCAGAUUUCCUGUAUGCUUACUCCACUGCUCCAGGCUACUACUCAUGGAGAAACACGUUCAACGGCUCCUGGUUCAUGCAGGCAUUGUGUGAGAUGUUGCAGCAUUACAGUGGAGAGCUGGAGCUGAUGCAGAUCAUGACCCGAGUCAACCGCAAGGUAGCACUAAGCUUUGAGUCUGCCUCCAACCUACCUGGAUAUAGUGGCAAGAAGCAGAUCCCCUGUAUUGUCACAAUGUUGACCAAAGACCUUUACUUUCCUCGCUAGAUUAAAACAGACUUUUUCUUUAGGAAACUAAGUUAAUUUCACAUUAAUCUGUUUUACCCUCAAAGAUAUUUGCCUGAGUUAUUUUCUCUUUGGCCACACACCAAAGUUUUGUGGUAUGUUGUACAGGUUGUGCAAACAGGAUAAGAUGCAAGGAGAAACCAAAUGUAUGGGCAGCAUAAAGAUUAAAAGGAUCAGAUCCAUGAGGUUUCUGUUGAAACUGAACUGUUAUUUGUUAUGAAUUAAUGUUUUAUUUCUUUUAAGGUGUUGGAAUAAUUUCCAGGGAUCAUGCAUUUUCAAUACAUUUGUUAUGUGAUUACACACUUUAACAUCAUCAUUUAAUUUUGGUACAUAAAUACUGUGUAUUUAUAGCACUGGUACACACACAACUAAACGUGUCUGCUUUUUACUAAUCAUUGAAUGCAAAAAAAUGUACAAACACAAAUACUGUAAAUCACUUUGACUUGGUAAGGUUAAAAAACAUGAAAAUAAAUCUAUUUUAU